AUGGUGCCCGACUGCCUGUCGGCGGAGGGCGAGCGGCGCUGCCGGCAGCUGCUGGCGCGGGCCACGGCUCGGUACCGUGCGCGGCCCGCGGGAGCCGCGGUGCUCGUGGCGCUGUGCUUGGUGCGCGGGGCCCCGGCACUGCUCUACACGCUGCGGUCCAGUCGCCUGGCCGGGAGGCACAAAGGCGACGUCAGUUUCCCAGGCGGCAAGUGUGACCCUGAUGACCAGGAUGUGGUGCACACUGCCCUGCGGGAGACCCUGGAGGAGCUGGGUCUGGCCGUUCCUGAGCACCAUGUGUGGGGGAUCCUGCACCCCGUGUUCGACCAGAUCACCCAGCUGAAAAUUGCCAGCAACCCUUUUGCCAAAGGCUUUAGAGACAGUGAUCCGGAUUCCUGGCUUGUGUCCCCACGGCCCCUGCUCAGUGUCCCGGCCCAAAGUCGAAGCAGCCUGAGUUCCUGCCCGCUGAAGGGCCCCACAGAGCAGGAGAAAGGUCCCGCCCGGCGGCAUCUCAAUGCGAGUCUGGGGUCCAGCCCCGGCUAG